AUGGGUCCCUGUACGGCCUCCCAUUGCUGCUGUCUCCAUCGCCACACUCUGCCAUGUGCCACUUUCAGGUCUCCUCACACUGCUGGUGGGUUCCAUUUUGUCAUAGGGUGCUGUAUGGCCUCCCAUUGCUGCUGCCUCCACCGCCACACUGUGGCUCCACACUCUGGUUUUGGCCCCGUGACUGCCCAAAUGAGUGAAGUGUGCGGUGAUUCUAAGAUCGACGGCACUCAUCUGCAUGUCAUACUGACUGACAGUAUUAUUUCUCUUCCCCAGCAGACUCCAAGGGCAUUUAAAUUAAAGGUACAGUGUUCUGCACUAAUAUAA